AUGAUAUAUUCUCCAUUAAAACGUUUAACUUUCUUUCCUUCAAAAUUUAUAAAUAGAGUGCAAUUUUUAUCAUGUAGUAUUCCAAAUAGAUGUAAUUUAGAAAGUGAAGAAAUUGAGAAUAUUCCUACAAAUGAAAUUUUAACAAAAGCAACAACUAGACCAAGAGAUUUACUUCCUUAUAUUGAUACAAAACUUCAUGAAGAUGAUUUUUUUAAAAUGAGUGAAUUGGUAACAAUAAAUGAAUUAUUUAGAAGAAAAGUUCAUUUUGGGCAUAAAAUAGGAACUUUAUCAGAGAAUAUGAAAUGGGCUUUGUAUGGAGAAAGGCUUGGUAGCUUUAAAUUUUUUAGCACAUGUUGUUUAUCGUGGUGGAAUGGUAUUAUUUGUCUCAUCUGA